UAUUAUUUCACAGUCCUCUUUGGCCAUGAAGGGCAGAAGCCCCUUGAGCUCCGUUGUGAGGAGGAAGCAGAUGGAGAAGAAUGGGUGGAGGCUAUUCAGCAAGCCAGCUAUUCAGAUAUUCUAAUUGAGAGGGAAGUAUUAAUGCAAAAAUACAUCCAUCUAGUUCAGAUUGUAGAGACAGAAAAGAUUUCAGCCAAUCAGCUACGCCAUCAACUUGAAGAUCAAGACACAGAAAUUGAAAGGCUUAAAUCAGAGAUUGUAGCUCUCAAUAAAACAAAAGAACGAAUGCGACCAUAUCAAGGCAAUCAAGAAGAAGAAAAUCCGGAUAUUAAAAAGAUUAAAAAGGUACAGAGUUUUAUGCGUGGUUGGUUGUGUAGAAGAAAAUGGAAGACAAUUGUCCAAGAUUAUAUUUGUUCUCCACAUGCAGAAAGUAUGCGAAAAAGAAACCAGAUUGUUUUCAACAUGGUUGAGGCAGAAUCUGAAUAUGUCCAUCAACUUUAUAUCCUUGUGAAUUGUUUUCUAAGGCCUUUAAGAAUGGCUGCAAGUUCAAAGAAACCACCUAUUAGUCAUGAUGAUGUUAGCAGCAUCUUCCUCAACAGUGAAACUAUAAUGUUUCUUCAUGAAAUAUUUCAUCAAGGAUUAAAAGCAAGAAUAGCAAACUGGCCUACCUUAAUUUUAGCUGAUUUAUUUGACAUUCUUCUACCCAUGCUGAAUAUAUAUCAAGAAUUUGUUCGAAAUCACCAGUAUAGUCUACAGGUGCUUGCAAACUGCAAGCAGAACAGAGAUUUUGACAAACUCUUAAAGCAAUAUGAAGCCAACACUGCAUGUGAGGGCAGAAUGCUUGAGACAUUCCUUACAUACCCUAUGUUUCAGAUUCCUAGAUAUAUUAUCACCCUUCAUGAACUUCUAGCUCAUACACCGCAUGAACACGUGGAAAGGAAAAGCCUUGAGUUUGCUAAAUCUAAGCUGGAAGAACUUUCAAGAAUAAUGCACGAUGAAGUAAGUGAUACAGAAAAUAUACGGAAAAAUCUUGCAAUAGAAAGAAUGAUAGUAGAAGGUUGUGACAUAUUAUUGGACACCAGCCAAACCUUUAUACGGCAAGGAACUCUUAUUCAAGUCCCAUCAGUUGAGAGGGGAAAACUUAGUAAAGUUCGCCUGGGAUCAUUAUCCUUGAAAAAAGAAGGAGAAAGGCAAUGUUUUUUAUUUACAAAGCACUUUUUAAUUUGUACAAGGAGCUCUGGAGGAAAGUUGCAUCUACUUAAGGCUGGAGGCGUCCUUUCAUUAAUAGAAUGCACACUAAUUGAGGAAACUGAUAUGAAUGAUGAUGAAUCAAAAGGUUCUGGGCAAGUAUUUGGGCACCUCGACUUCAAGAUUGUGGUAGAUCCUGCAGAUGCCCCCCCAUUUACGGUGGUUCUUUUAGCCCCUUCACGGCAGGAAAAAGCAGCAUGGACCAGUGACAUUAGUCAGUGUGUUGACAACAUACGGUGCAACGGUUUAAUGACAAUAGUAUUUGAAGAAAACUCCAAAGUCACUGUGCCACAUAUGAUCAAAUCUGAUGCUCGUCUUCAUAAAGAUGACAUUGACAUCUGCUUCAGCAAAACACUGAACUCCUGCAAAGUGCCCCAGAUUCGUUAUGCAAGUGUUGAACGCCUUUUGGAAAGAUUAACAGACUUGAGAUUUCUCAGUAUUGAUUUUCUUAAUACUUUCCUACAUACUUACCGCAUAUUUACCAAUGCAGCAGUUGUACUGGAAAAACUGUCAGAUAUUUACAGACGGCCUUUCACCUCAAUCCCUGUCAGGUCUUUGGAACUGUUUUUUGCUACUAAUCAAAACAAUAGAGGAGAACAUAUGGCUGAUGCAAAGUCACCACACCUCUGCCGCAAAUUCUCUUCCCCUCCACCUUUAUCUCUCUCUAGGACUUCCUCACCUGUCAGAACAAGAAAAUUAUCAUUAAAUUCUCCACAAAAUUCAAGAAUAGGAGCAUUAGAUCUAUCUACUUCUUCUGUUAACAGUCCUACCUCAACAUACAGCCCUGGAACAUCACCACCCCCUAUGUCAUCUAAAGUACCACUGGACCUAAGCAAAAGUCCUUCAUCUCCAGAGCAAAGCCCUGGUUUUGCAGAAGACAAUUCAGAAAGCCCACGGAGCGAGCUUUGCAACAAGCUACGAAGAAGCAUUCAAAGAGCAGGAGUUUUGGAAUCUGUACCAGUUGAUCAUCCUAUUCCAGAAAGUGCCUCAACAGUAGAUCCUCCUGAGCUCUCUCCAUGUAGAUCCCCUUCAACUCCACGACAUCUACGUUAUCGGCAGGCAGGAGUACAGGUGACCGACAACGGUCAUUGUUCUGUUUCGCCUGCUUCUGCUUUCGCUAUUGCUACUGCUGCAGCUGGUCAUGGAAGUCCACCAGGAUUUAAUAACUCUGAACGAACAUGUGAUAAGGAGUUCAUAAUACGUCGGGCAGCCACUAACCGUGUCCUGAAUGUCCUUCGCCACUGGGUGUCAAAACAUUCUCAGGAUUUUGAGUUAAAUAACGAAUUGAAGAUGAGUGUUCUUAAUCUGCUAGAAGAAGUUUUGAGAGACCCUGACCUUUUGCCACAAGAAAGGAAAGCUACAGCAAAUAUCCUGAGGACACUUUCUCAGGAGGAUCAAGAUGACACACACUUAAAAAUAGAGGCUAUAAUGCAGAUGCUAGAGUGUCCAAAACCAGAAUGCUUUGAAACACUAUCAGCCAUGGAACUUGCUGAACAAAUAACUCUCUUAGAUCACAUUGUUUUCAGAAGCAUACCUUAUGAAGAAUUUCUUGGGCAGGGUUGGAUGAAAUUGGAUAAAAAUGAAAGAACACCUUAUAUUAUGAAAACCAGCCAACAUUUUAACGACAUGAGCAACCUUGUAGCAUCCCAAAUUAUGAAUUACACUGAUAUCAGUUCCCGUGCUAAUGCCAUUGAGAAAUGGGUUGCGGUGGCAGAUAUCUGCCGAUGUAUGCACAACUACAAUGGCGUCCUUGAAAUCACAUCAGCCUUGAACAGAAGUGCAAUCUACAGACUAAAGAAAACCUGGGCAAAGGUUUCUAAACAACCUAAAGCUCUUAUGGAUAAACUUCAGAAGAUUGUGUCAUCUGAGGGAAGAUUUAAAAAUCUCAGAGAAACACUCAAGAAUUGCAACCCCCCUUCUGUGCCAUAUCUUGGGAUGUAUCUGACAGAUCUGGCAUUUAUUGAAGAAGGAACACCAAACUUUACUGAAGAAGGCCUUGUCAAUUUUUCUAAAAUGCGAAUGAUAUCACAUAUUAUCAGGGAAAUACGUCAAUUCCAACAGGCUUCCUAUCGCAUAGAGCAUCAACAAAAGGUCACUCAGUACUUGUUGGACAAAAGCCUCAUCAUAGAUGAGGACACGUUGUAUGAACUAUCCCUAAAAAUUGAGCCCAGACUGCCAGCCUGAGAAAUUAAUAUCAUUCUUCAGCUGUCAAGAACUUAGUUUAAUGGAAAAAUUAUGCACGGCAUGCCUCUACUGAAUGCAAGGGGCAAAAGCUGAGAAAAAAUUAAGUUUUUCCCUCGUCCAUUAAGGGAUGCAGAGUCUCACAGAGAUACUUUUUCAGUCAUGGAGAAGCAACGGCUGGAGGCAUGAAGCCACAAGGCAGAGAUGCGGGUCAAGUGGUUGUUGCUUGACAGAAGUAAAGAGAUUUGAAAACAAAUAAAGGACUGAAGAAAAGGUGGGCAAUAACUCUACUGAGCCAGGCAACGAGACAGCAAAAUGAAAUAUGAGUACUGUGUUUUGUUAGAGCUGAAUAAAUGAUGGCAUGCUACUGGAAGAAGAAACAGAAUUGUCUAACCUUCUUUGGAUGCAACCCAAUCCACAAAAAGCAUGCAUUAUUUAGGUAUUUGGACCAAAUUUGCACUUUAUCAAGUCUAUUGUAAAUGAAAGGGUAUUUGUAGAAGCAACAAUAUAAUAUGUAAAAGCAUUAUCUCCUGUGUAAUCCAUUGAGUACUGUCUGCGGGGUGAGGAAGAUAUUAAAACAGGCAAGAUGGCCUUGCUGUCUUGACACCCUUUGUGGACAUCACUAAAACUUUUCAUUUUAACGGAAAAUGUCUGUUCAUAAAUUAAUUUUCCUGUACCUACUUUUUCCAAGAUUGAAAGAAGACUUAAGAAUAUCAGUGUGACAUUCUAAAUGCUAGCUUAAUAUUAUAUUAUUCAUUCUCUAAUAAUAGCAAUAUGGUGAGAUGAUCUGGUAUGCAAAUUAAUGCACUGUCUUGCAUGGUUGCUCGAUAUACAAGCUUAUAAGGGACUGGUUUGAUUGGCAAUUUUGUGGCAACACUGUCUCUAUAGUAGAUUAGUUCCUUUAGUAAUUUAUACUUUGUUUUCCAAUAGUACAUUUCUCGUAUAAUUUUUGUCAAAAUAUAUAUGUCUUAAUGAAAUUGUCAUGUCUUCUCCCAUGCACUAGUAGAUGAAAUUAGUGGAUUUUUUUCCCCUUUCAUCCUGUAAAGUAGUUCCAAACAAAUAUCCUAUUAUAAGGAUGGACCUCUCUCCUUCUGGCCCCCACCCAUUUAAGACAAUAAGUAACCCUCAGCUCUGCAUUGGUAUCAGAGUCUAGUGACUUAUAACCAGUAGGUUAACCUGAGAAAUAGUAUGAAUAAAUCAUAUAUAAUUUUGACAUCCUGAUGGAUUUUCAUGCUCUUUAAACAAGUUAUGAAGGUGUAGUGUUUGUGUAUCUUUUAAUUUUUCAUGGAGAACACAACUCACUGCUCUUGGCACUGUAAUAGUCAUUUAACUACCAUUGAAUUUCACAUAACUGGGUUAGCUGUAGCAAGGAUAUUUGUGUGUUUGUGCAUGUGUCUAUAUAUGAUCAUGACUCCAGGGUCACCUUAAUGUUUAUAAAAGCCAGUUUCUAUAAGUGUAGCUUGCAUUAAAACUGUUGCUCUGCAGCAUACUUUAAUAGAGAGAUCCCUUACUUUUUUCUAAAGAGUAUAUAUUUUCCAACACUGAACAAUCUUUAAAAGCCACUGCUUAUAUAGAGUUUUGUGCACACAGACUUGGAUUGCAGCCAUGGUCCUAUAAGAAUUACUAAUUAUUUUUCAUACAGUAUUCACUUAUACUUUUGCUACAAAAGUCAAUCUGUGUAUAUUACAUCCCCUCACCGUUAAUUCUAGAUGACAAGAAGAGUAAAGUGAAAGAUUGUUUGAACAGCAGUAAUUUGUCAAUUCCUUGGAAAGUAAAAACAUAUUUGUCCUAUUUUUUAAAACUCAGAAAGAGCAGUAAAUAAUAUUUUUCAUCUCACAUUGUCUCCAUAUUGAAUUCAGAAGGAAGAAUGUAUUUAAUAUUUAAAGAAAAAUAUUUUUGUUUAUCUGACUUGAAUAAGUUACUAACAGAUUUUUUUUUUUUAUGUAUAUGGUUCCAGAUUGGGUCAAUUUACAUUUUAAGACAUACUGUACAUACUACUUCUUUGAUUCCCUGAAUAAAAGUAGUCUCCCUGCAUGGAAAGUAUACAUAAACUCAUUGUUUUUAAAAAAUGCAAUUAAUAUCACUUUUAAAUAACUAGAGUGGAAAAGUGUACUUUUCCAAGGACUCUUAGCCAGCAGAUGAAAAAUCCCUUUAAACCCUCUCAGGAGCAUUACUGUUUAAAAAAGGAUAGUCAUUGGUCAUAUUUGAGAUUUUAUUCCUUAGUGCUAAACUCUGACAAUGGAAAAUUAAUCUGUGUGGCUUUUUUUCACAUUUCCAGCCCAGAAAAUCUAGUUUUGUCUAAUUAUAAAUCCUAUCCAUUAUUUGCUCAGUAAGAAGUUUAAUCAUGCUAAAGGCCUAUUUUUAUAUAACUAUAUGCAUGGCUGCACAUUUAAAGGAAUUAUAAAAUUCUCUUUUAAGUUUUCAGAAAAACUUAAGUAGGAAUGCUGUAGGCAUGUUUAAGUAUUUCUGGUUAAUGAAUAUGGUCGAUUUCAAUGUGAACGUUAUUUAUAGAUAAUUGCUUAUUAUCUUUUGUCAAAGAUAAUUUAUUGUUCUUUUCAUAAAUGCCUAUCAGGAAAAGGUAACAGCAGUUUGAUGCAUGCUAAACAGAAGCAUGAAUUAUUUGACCAACAGAUAAUUUACUGAUAUUUUCACUGUGUUAAUAAUAAUUUUUAAAUUUUCACACAUAAGUUAUUUAAGAGAAGUACACUAAUUUCCAAGGCAGUACUUUACUUUUGAGUUAUUUUCUUGCUUCUAGUGUGAGUCAGCCUCCCACCUUCACAACAUCCAUAUAGUACCUAAACAUUAUUUUGUGAGGAUUGUUUGUGACAUAUAGUGAUUGGUUAUUUAUUUUGAUUUUCUUGUACUUCAUUUUAUAAUAUUAGUUUUGUCCUUUCAGGAGGCCCUUAGCCUAUUUUGAAUUCUAAAUGCAGCCAAAGGUGCUUUUAUCUGUUUUUACCCUGUUUAAUUUACAUAUUCCAUUAAAUUAUAUGAUAACUCUU